AUGAUGGUAGAUUUGGGAGCAUUUUCCGACGAAAAAUUCGACGCCAAAAAAUGGAUAAACAACGCCGUAAAAGCGCGUCAUCCGCAAGAUGUGUUGGAGAAUCACUUGGCAGAUCUGGAAAUGAAGCUUCAGUUGAUGUCUGAAGAGAUCUCCGCUUCUCUUGAAGAACAAAGUUCUGCCUCCAUUCUCCGUGUUCCACGCGCCACUCGUGACGUCAUCCGUAUUCGCGACGACGCCGUUUCUCUCCGCUCUUCCAUCUCCACCAUCCUUACCAAGAUUAAGCAGGCUGAAGGCUCCGCUGCUGACUCUAUUGCGGCUCUUGCAAAAGUUGACACUGUCAAACAUAGGAUGGAAGCUGCAUACAAGACAUUGCAGGAUGCUGCUGGGUUGACCCAAUUGAGCUCAACUGUAGAGGAUGUUUUCGCGAGUGGUGAUCUUUCACGGGCUGCUGAAACGUUAGCCAGCAUGAGGCAUUGCCUGUCUGCAGUAGGGGAGGUUGCUGAAUUUGCUAAUGUGAGGAAGCAACUUGAGGUCUUAGAGGAUAGACUGGACGCGAUGGUGCAGCCUCGAUUGACAGAUGCCCUGUCAAAUCGUAAAAUUGAAGUUGCUCAAGAGAUGCGAGGAAUUCUUGUGCGAAUUGGUAGAUUCCAGUCCCUAGAAGUGUACUAUACAAAGGUUCACCUCAAAUCCAUAAAAAAACUUUGGGAUGAAUUUGAAUCCAAACAGCGAAUCAAUAAGUUGGCAACUGAAAAAAAUGAUGGGCAAAGGCAAGCUAGUAAUGACUUCCAAUCAAAUCAUUCAGGCCUUUCUUUCUCCAAAUGGUUGCCAAGCUUUUACGAUGAACUACAACUCUAUCUUGAGCAAGAAUGGAAAUGGUGCGCAAUUGCCUUUCCUGAUGAUUAUACAACACUGGUACCAAAGCUGUUAAUUGAGACAGUGUUGGCUAUUAAUUCAAGCUUCAUUUCCCGCAUCAAUCUUGCAACUGGAGAUGCUGUUCCUGAAACAAAAGCAUUAGCUAAAGGGACAUUGGAUUUAUUAUCUGGUGAUAUGCCCAAAGGAAAGAUUCACAGCAAGCAUCUUGAUGCAAUGAUCGAACUGCAUAACGUGACAAGCACUUUUGCAAGAAAUAUCCAACACCUUUUUUCAGAAUCUGCGAUGCAAGUAUUACUUGAUACAAUGAAAGCAAUAUACUCUCCUUUUGAGACAUUUAAAAAGAAAUACGGGCAAAUGGAGCGUGCUAUCCUUGCUUCUGAGAUUGGGAAGUUAGAUCUUAGAGGAGCUGUUGCUCGUGGAGUAGGUGCUCAGGGAAUAGAACUGAGUGAAACUGUUAGGAGGAUGGAGGAGUCUAUUCCUCAAGUCAUUUUGCUUCUUGAAGCUGCAGUUGAGAGGUGUAUUAAUUUUACUGGUGGUUCUGAGGCAGAUGAGCUAAUUGUGGCCUUGGAUGACAUAAUGUUGCAGUACAUUACUAUGCUUAAUGAGACAUUAAAAUCAUUAAGAGCAGUAUGUGGAGUUGAUAAUACAUUUGACAUUGCAAAGAAGGACUCUGGAUUGGACAAAAAGGAAGUAACACAUAAUCCUCGUAAAGCUGACCUAAUUUCAAACGAGGAAGAAUGGUCCAUGGUACAAGGGGCCUUGCAGAUUCUUACUGUUGCUGAUUGUUUAACGAGCAGAUCCUCAGUCUUUGAAGCUUCACUGAGAGCUACUCUUUCUAGAUUAAGUACAAGUCUUCCUGCAUCAGUAUUUUCUGUGGACCAAAAUCAGAGACAAUUAGCCAUUGACAAUGAGUAUGCGAAUGUGAAUUUAGAUGAAAGAGCUGCUCUAGAUAUGGCUUCUGUACGUUUAGUUGAUGCUCCUGAAAAGGCUCGAAAGCUAGUUGGUCUUUUGGAACAGUCUAAAGACCCUCGGUUCCAUGCACUUCCACUUGCAUCUCAGAGUGUUGCCACAUUUGCAGAAACUGUUAAUGAGCUUGUGUAUGAUGUCCUGAUAUCAAAGGUACGACAGCGUCUUAGUGAUGUGUCACGCAUGCCAAUCUGGGCAUCUGCAGAGGAGACUAGCGCUUUUCCUCUUCCAAGCUUUAGCUCAUACCCUCAAUCCUACAUCACUAGUAUUGGUGAGUAUCUCCUUACCUUGCCCCAGCAGUUGGAGCCCCUUGUAGAAGGUAUCUCCAGUGAUGAUGCCAAUGCAGAUGAUGCCCAGUUCUUCGCUACUGAAUGGAUGUUUAAGGUUGCGGAGGGUGCAGCUGCAAUAUACAUAGAACAAUUGCGAGGGAUUCAAUACAUUACUGAUCGUGGAGCUCAGCAGCUCUCAGUUGAUAUAGAGUAUUUGGCAAAUGUUCUUUCAGCUUUGUCAGUGCCAAUUCCCCCAACACUUGCAACAUUUCAGACAUGUCUUUCCAUCCCUAAAGAUCAACUAAAAGAUCUGAUCAAGUCAGAUUCCAGCACCCAGCUUGACCUUCCAACAGCCAACCUCAUCUGCAAAAUGCGACGUGUAAAUCUAGAUCAAUAGUUUUGAUGCCAAAAUAUGUCCUUGCACUUGUUUCCUUCAUAAAAUCUAAAUAUUAUACUUGAACGGUUAAGCCCAUUAUCUCUGGCUGGAGCUGUCUAAUACAUUUGGAAGGAGCGAUAAAGCAUUUGAAGACAAUGCAUAUGACCAUCCAUCACUUCGAAAAUCAACCAACAAGCCUCAAUUUUGUUUCAAUAGUUCCUCAUUUUAUGCUUUUUGGGGAGAUCCGUUUUCAAUCAAAAUAUGUGUACUAAAUGUAUGUUCGAGGCCUUCGAGCACAAUGUCGCUCCUAGUUGUACAGUUUUGUGAAUUAUACCUUUGAGCUUUGCCAUUACUAAAGGAGGGUAGCUGAAGCGAUACAGGAAAGUUAUAGGCCCUAUUUUUCUAGGCUCUUCAAUCUUUCUUCUCUCUAUAUUAUUAUUGCUGAACUGAACUUGGUUUGUGAGUUAGAUUUGAACAGAAAACACAGUAGAAAGUUGCACUUGCUCAACUAUAUUUGUAUUUUACGAGAAUAAUUAGAUAAUUUUGUUUUACAAUAGUUUUGCCACCAUUCAAUCUAA